AUGACAAAGGAUCUUGCUGAAAAUGGCCUUCAAGUGUUUCUCAGGAUAUUUGAACUUAGCCCAGAUGUAAAGAAAUUGUUUCAUGUUGAGAUGGUACGGCAUUCAGAACUUUCAAAGAACCGUGCUGCAGUUCAUUGCUUAGAUGAUGAGGAUACUGACAAAGAUGAGCUCAAUAAGAUAUUACUUGUUCUGGGUCAACAACAUAAACAGUUUUCGGGUUUCAAUCCGGAGUAUUUCGAAGUAUUUUACGAAGCGCUUAUGUGGCGCUGGGAAAUAUGCAUGGGGGAUAAGUUUACAAAGGAUGUGUCGGACACUUGGAGUCACGUUUUCUUCUAUUUAAUGUUAAAACUGAAGGAGGGAAUCAGCUCUCCUUCAAAUACACAGAUAUCAGAUAAUCAUUUUCAAAAUAUCUGA